UUUGCGCAUGCGUGGUGCCACCGGUGGGUGCGUCCAAUAAGUGACCGGGGGCUCCCCGCAAGUAACAUGACCAAAAAGAAGCGGGAGAAUCUGGGCGUCGCUCUAGAGAUCGAUGGGCUGGAGGAGAAGCUGUCACGGUGUAGGAAAGACUUGGAGGCAGUAAACUCCAGGCUCCAUGGGGCGGAGCUGAGCCCAGAGGCCAGGAAGUCUCUGGAGAAGGAGAAAAACAGCCUGAUGAGCAAAGCCUCCAACUAUGAGAAGGAGCUACAGUUGCUUCGACAGGAGAACCGGAGGAACAUGGUGCUCUCGGUGGCCAUCUUCAUCCUCCUGACCUUCAUCUAUGCCUGCUGGACCAUGUGAACCUGAGGUUUCUCUACGGUCAGCACAGGGUCCCCUGGGCCUCCUGGUCACUACCAAGCAGGCCCUUCAAGCCUCAAGACAGCCAAGGUAUAGGAGCAUUUCUCCUCAACCCAGACACUGGAGCAGGACUUCAGCCCCUCUUGCCUCCUGGUCCCGCUUUGGGGCCUGAGUCUCCAGAAGGACUGUGUGUUGGUUCCUCCCUCAGCCCAAGGGAAAGGCAAUAAAGAACAGCCACGCUG